UCUCUCUCUCAUACACACACAGAACCAGGAAGUUAAUUUCAACAAAAACGAAACUCAUAGUGCUGCUCUGAGUUCAGGAAAAUGGCUGAGGCGAGUAUUUCAGUAGAUCAGGAUCAGUUCAUCUGUUCAGUGUGUCUGGAUCUCCUGAAGGAUCCGGUGUCUCUCUCCUGUGGUCACAGUUUCUGUAAGGUGUGUAUUAAUGGCUGCUGGGAUCAGGAGGAUCAGAAGGACGUCUACAGCUGUCCUCAGUGCAGAGACACUUUCACACCAAGGCCUGUUCUACGCAGAAACAACAUGCUGGCUGAAGUGGUGGAGAAACUGAAGAAGAAGACUGAAGUUCAAGCUGCUUCUCCUGAUCACUGUUACGCUGGACCUGGAGAUGUGGAGUGUGAUUUCUGCACCGGGAGAAAACACAAAGCCGUCAAGUCCUGUCUGGUGUGUGUGGCUUCGUUUUGUGAAACUCAUCUCAAACCUCACUAUCAAGUUCCUUCAUGGAAAAAGCACAAGUUAGUCGAAGCUUCUGGAAAUCUACAAGAGAAGAUCUGCUCUGAACAUGAUAAAGUGCUGGAGAUCUUCUGUCGUUCUGACCAAAGCUUCAUCUGUUAUCUGUGUAUGACGGAUGAACAUAAAAGCCACGACACCGUCUCAGUUAAAGCUUACAGAACUGAGAAAGAGAAUGAGCUACAGGAGGAGCAGCUGAAAUUCCAGCAGAGACUCCAGGAGAAGCAGAAGAAGGUGCAGGAGCUGAAACAGGCUGUGAACACUAUAAAGCUCAGUACACAGACAGCAGUGGAGGACAAUGAGAGGAUCUUUACUGAGCUGAUCAGCUUCAUGGAGAAAAAGCGCUCGGAGGUGACGGAGAUGAUCAGAGCUCAGGAGAAGGCUGAACUGAGUCGAGCUGAACGACUCCUGGAGCAACUGGAGCAGGAGAUUGAUGAUCUUCAGAGGAGAGUCACUGAGAUGGAGAAGCUUUCACACACACACGAUCACAUCCAUUUCCUCCAGAGUUUCCAGUCUCUUCGUGUCUCUUCUGGACGUGACGACACAUCCAGCAUCACUGUCAGUCAACAUCUCUCAUUUGAUGGAGUGAAGAAAUCUCUCUCUGACCUGAAAAAGAGACUCGUGGAAAUCUUCCAGGAGGAAUUCAUCAACAUCCCUGGACGUGCUGCAGAACUUCAGAUCAUUUUACCCUCAGAACCAAAGAGUAGAGAUGAUUUUCUGCACUAUUUCUGUUCUCUGACUCUGGAUCCCAACACGACACAUCGUAAACUCAUUCUGUCUGAGAAGAACAGAGCAGUGACACACAGUGAGAGAAAACAGCAGUACUCUGAUCAUCCAGAGAGAUUUGACUUCUGGCGGCAGGUGUUGUGUAAGGAGAGUGUGUGUGGACGCUGUUACUGGGAGGUGGAGUGGAGCGGUGAUGGUGUGUCCAUAUCAGUCUCAUAUAAAGACAUCAGGAGGAAAGGAUAUAAUAAUGAGUGUGGGUUUGGACGCAACAAACAGUCCUGGAGUCUGUAUUGUUCUUCUUCUUCUUCUUCUCUCUCUUUCUAUCACAACAACAUUAUGACUGAUCUCAGAGUUCCAUCAUCCUCCAGAAUAGGAGUGUAUGUGGAUCACAGUGCAGGAACUCUGUCCUUCUACAGCGUCUCUGACACCAUGAAGCUCCUCCACAGAGUCCACACCACAUUCACUCAGCCUCUAUACGCUGGGUUCUGGCUCUACUCUUAUGGAACAUCUGUAAAAUUAUGUGAUCCAAAAUAAAAUAUUAGCAAUAUGACUUUUUAUUUAUUAUUAAAACGACCAGUUCUUUUUUUUAGGUUAAGUUUAAUUGAAAUAAACAUCUGAUAUGAGUGAGUGUCUAAAUAUGUAAAAUACAACAGAAUUAACAGAAUAUUGUUUUUAAAUCUAUGAAUUAUAGUCACUAGUUACUUUAA